AUGGGUACCCCAGAAGAAGAUAAGAUGGUCUCCAUCAAAGAUCAAAAUGCUCUUAUCAUGGGGAAUGGGAAAGUUUAUAAGAUUCAAAAAGUUCGUCAAAGAAAAAUUCAUAGUUGUGUUCCAUGUCAUCAAAGAAAAGUUAAAUGUUCAAGAGAAACUCCUGUAUGCUCAAAUUGUAUUAAGAAUGGGUUAGAAUGUAAAUAUUUUGUUAAUGAUCGUGUUUCAAGAGGUAAAAAAUCAAAAGAUUUGGAUAAAGAAGCUGAUUUGAAAAGAAAGAAAGAAUUAAAAGAAUAUAUGGAAAGAGCUAAAUUAAUGGCUAAAGAAAACCCUUCAGCUUCUAAAACUAUUGAUAUAAAAUCACCAAGUGAAAUGGAUACUGCUUCAAUAACACCUUCAAUAACAGGAACCAUUGAUUCGUUACCUGGAAAAACAUUAUCUGCUAAAAUGACAACUUCAACAAGUUUAAAUUCAGAAAAUGAUUCAAAUUCAUCACCAAAGAAUAAAAGUCUGACAUUUUCAGAUUCUGAUAGUUUAAUAAGUAAUGAAAGUUUAUCACCUCCAAAAUUACAAUUGCAUAAUCCAAAUUCUUUACAACAUGAUAAACAUAUUUCUACUUUAUCAAGUAUAAGUGAAAAUGUUCCUCAACAACAAAAUCAAUUCAUGUCUUCAUCAAGUAAUGACAUUACUUUAAACAACAAUAACAAUAACAAUAAUAAUAAUACCAAUACCAAUAAUGAUUUCCAAUUUAAUGAUACCCAAACAAAUGCUGGUAGUGAUUAUGGUUUUAAAAGUUAUUCACAACAACAUACUUCUAAUUCUCAUUCUCAACAAUAUCAUGAUCAACGCCAACAGCAAAUACAACAACAAAUACAACAGCAUCACCAACAACUGCAGCAACAACUGCAGCAACAACAACUGCAACAACAGCAUUAUCAACAACAUCAACAUCAACAAUCACAAUCACAACCACAACAAGCACCACAACAACAAGCAUCACAAUCACAAAUACCUCCACUUUCACAACAUAUACGGAAUGAUUCCAAUAAAGCUUCAUUAUUAUCACAAAUUUAUAUUUCACAACCUGUUACUAUUCCAUUACAAUUAACAACACCAUAUAUAUUACCAGAACCAAAUCAAACACAAGUUUCAAUUCAACCACAUAAUCAGCAUAAUCAACAACAAUCAUCAGAAAUAAAUGAUGGAUUAACACCAAAAGAAAGAGAAAUAGUGGAAGCAUUACCUUCAAGACAACGUUCUUAUGGGUUAGUUAAAAGAUAUAUAAGUACAAUUCAUCCAAUUAUACCAAUUAUAGAUAUAAAUGAAUUUUUAUUAGAACAUGAUAAAUUUUGGAAUGAUCAACAUGAAGAUAGAUUUGAAUUUAUGACAUGUCUUUAUCCAAUAUUAUAUGCUGCAAGUAAAGCUGAAUGUUUUGAAUUUAGUUAUGAUGAAAUUACAAAAUAUGAAUUAAGUAAUGAAAUACAUAAAUAUUUAAGAAUUGCAAGAGAAGUAUUUGCAUUACAAAAUUUCCCAUUAAAAUAUUCAUUAAGAACCAUACAAAGUGCAGUUUUAUUACAAAGUACAUUAGAAAAUCCUUCAAUUAGUGAUAUUUCUAUAUUAGUUAGAAUUGCUCAAGCUAUUAAAUUACAUAGAGAUCCGGCAAAUUAUCAUAAUAUUUCAGAUCCUCAAUUAGUUCAAGUUAAAAGAUUAUUAUGGUGGGAAAUUUUUUAUUUAGAUGCACAAACUUCAUUAAUUCAAAUGGUUACACCAUUAAUAAAAUUAGAUGAAUUUGAUACAUCAUUACCAAUGGAAUUUAUUUCAAAUGAAUUAAAUGUUGAAAUUUGUAAUUUAAAUGGGAAAUUCAGAUUUGCAUUAAUUUUAAAUGAAUUAACAAAAUUUAUUUAUGGUAUUACUAUAUUACCAUUUAAUACAAUUCAAUUAUUAAAACAAAAAAUUUUAGAUUUACAUAUUAGUUGUAAUGCAUCAAUUAUGAAUUUAUCAAAUUUACAACAAAUUAAACAAUUAACAUUUCAAGAAAUGAAUUUUAUAAAUUGGUCAAAAUCAGUUUUAAAUACUUAUAGUGAUCGUGCAUUAUUAAUUUUACAAAAUAAAAUUAUUUUAUCAAAUCAUGUUUUAAAUACAAAUGAAAAUGAAAAUAAUCAUAUUUUUAAUAAUAGUUAUAAUCAAAUGAUGAAUAAUGAUAAAAUGAGAUUUAAUAUUGAUUAUUUUUUCAAAAAUGGUUCAAUAAAUAAUAAUAAUAAUGGUAAUCAAUCAUCAAGUACAUCAUUAAAUGAUUAUUCAUAUGAUGAUUUAUCAAAUAAUUUAAUGCCAGCUGCACUGCAUUAUGUUUAUGAAUUUUGGAAAAAUAAUAAUGAUGAUAUUUAUAAUUCAUAUAAUUGGGAAAUUAGAAAUACAUUACCAUUUGAUGCAAUAAUUUUAAUUUUAACAAAUUUAAUAUCAGAUUUAGAAAAAAAUUUUAAUAAUUUAUAUGAAUUAAAAAAUGAUAUUAGAUAUUAUUUAUUAGAUAAAUCAAUUGAUUUAAUUUUUAUUAAAUUUGAUAAUAAAAAAAGAUCAAUUUUAAAAAAUUGUUUUACAUUAAUGAGAUAUUUAUUUCAAAUUUUAAGAUUGAAAUAUUUAAAAAAUAAUAGUAUGAUUGGUGGUAUUGGUGGUAUUGGUGGAACAUUAGAUUUUACAAAUUUUAAUACAGAACAAAUUAUUCCAAAACCUUUAAAAAAUCAAUUUGAUAAUCCAAUUAAUGGUAAUGGUAAUGGGAAUGUUAAUAACAAUACUAAUAAUCUUGGUAUUACAACAAGUUCAUUAUUUGAUUCAAAUAAUAAUAGUAGUAAUGGAAGUUCAAGACAUGAAAGUUUUAGUCAAGAACCAAUAUCAAGAUCAGGAGGUAUACCACAAAAUUCAUAUUUAUCAUUUGGAACUAAAAAUUCUCAAAAUAAUUUAUUUUAUUCAUCAGGAUUAACUACAACAUCAUGUUCACAAAUUGCACCAAGAGCAAUGAGAACAGUUGCAGCAGCUACAUCAACUGCACAAAUUUCACCAUUUGGAAAUUUAUCAAAUAAUCAUAUGUUACGUAAUGGAUCAGGACAUAUUGCAAGUGGUAAUACAACAUUUAUUGGAGAUGAUUUAAAUACAGAUACAUUAUUUGGAGAUUUUACAAAUGAAGAUGAAGUUUGGAAUCCAACACAAAUUUCAUUACCAUUACCAAUUGGUAGUAAUAAUAGUAGUAAUGGUACAAAUACCCCAGUUAUUGGACUGGGAGAUGAUGGAUUUAAUGAUGAUGAAUAUAAAAGAUUAGAAUUACAAAGAAUUAAAUUACAAAUUACAAAAUUUUUAACAGAAGAAAGAUUAAGUGAUGAUGAUAAAUUUAAUAAUAAAUAUUAUAUUUGGUGUGAACAUGAAAUCAAACAACUGAUUGAAAGACUUAUUUAA